UCAUAACCAACGCGCAGCUGGCGAAGACGUGAUCUGGUUUAGUGUUUAAUAGUUAUAUAUCAUAUAUAUUUUUCCCUCCUUUCUCAUUGAUGUCGCAUUUUCAAAUACAGAUCUGUGACGUGACGACGAUAUGAAGUCAAUUGAAGGAAAAUUCAAAAGCUCAGCAGUGACUGCUAUUCCAUAUUCACAGAAGGUCCAGUAAUUGGAGAGGGUCAUUUCCUUGGUGAAAAAGCAUGAACGGUGAGGAGUAUUCAGGGACUGAAUCCCCCAAGAGUCCAGAAAUGUGGACAAACGGUGCAGAUGUGAAACCACUGGAGGAGGACGACGAGCAGGAUGAACAGUCAUACAGCGAUACGAAAAUAACAAUAAAGGAUGAGCUUGAGGAGACUGAAAAUCAAGAGAUGAGCAACACAGAUGAGAAGGAAACUCUUGAGGUAGCGGAAAGAGAGGGCGGCAGCGAGGAUGAACUGGACGAAGACGAGAGGAUGGAGGAGGAGAGGGAUGAAGACGAAGGGGGUGAGCCUCAGAAUCUGUAUCCUUGCUACAGCGACCCCGUCCUGCCCGAUGCUCACACCACAGGCUCGGAAAACCUCUACAUGCUCGACGCGAUGCCUCCUCGCAUGUCACCUGCAGGCAAACUCAAGUGUGAUGUCUGUGGCUUGUCCUGCGUCAGCAUCAACGUUCUGCUGGUGCACAAACGCAGCCACACUGGUGAGAGACCGUUCCACUGCUCUCAAUGCGGCGCCUCCUUUACUCAGAAGGGAAACCUGCUCCGCCACAUCAAGCUGCACUCUGGUGAGAAACCCUUCAAGUGUCCCAUGUGCAGCUACGCCUGCCGUCGACGGGAUGCCCUGAGUGGACACCUGCGCACACACUCUGUUGAGAAGCCCUUCAAAUGCAACCACUGCAGCCGCAGCUACAAGCAGCGCAGCUCCCUGGAGGAGCACCGAGACAGGUGCCACGUCUACAUGCAGUGCAAAGCCGCCCCUGAGCCAGACCUCGGCCACGCAUCCAGGGCUCACAUGGGAUCCGAGCGUGCCCUGCUCCUCGACAAGCUCGCCAGCAACGUGGCCAAACGCAAGAGCACCAUGCCUCAGAAGUUCACAGGUGACAACAGCGUGUGUCUGGACCUGAGCUUUAACAAGCCGCCGGCCCAGCAGGGCGAUGUGAACGAACCCAACUCACCUCUCCCAGACGCCCAGCAUCAGCCGUCCGUCCUCUCAGGCGUCAACAGCGACUCGAUAUCUUCGCACAGAGUUUACAUGAAUCAGAACGACAUCCAUCACAUGACCAAUGGCCACAAGAUGGGACUUCACGGGGCCCAGCCGCACCUCAGCAUGGAGUCGUUCCGUGCCAAUGGAUCCCAGCCCGUGCUGUACAGUCUAGGUAACCUCUUAGGAGGUGUGAACCAUCAGAAUGGACUCCCUCAAUCCCAAAACCAGCACCUGCCGCUGCCCUUCAUGGAGGCCUCGCGGGGAGAGGUGGGGGGAUUGCAAGGGGCAGUUUUCCCGUGCAGCCACUGCCGGGUGAUCUUCCUUGACUACGUCAUGUUCACCAUCCACAUGGGCUGCCACGGCUUUCGCGACCCCCUGGAGUGCAAUGUGUGUGGCCACCGCAGCAGGGACCGCUACGAGUUCUCCUCGCACAUAGUACGCGGAGAGCACCGCCUGGAUCUCAAGUAGUCUUUCAUAUGGCAGGUGCAGGCAUGCUUACACACACACACACACACACAGGGUGGAGUAGUCAGGGAAAGGUAUCACUCCCUGAGGUGCCAGGCGAGGCAUAAAAGGAACUCAAACAUUGAACACAGUCUCUUUUGUGGGUGUGCUGUGUUAGUCAGUGAGUGUGCGGGUCAGAAAGAAUUGUAAAUGUGAACCUGGAGCAAAGUUCAUUGACUGUGCAGGAUAUUCCGCAUUGUGUUUUCCUAAUCGUCAGGUGUAAAUGCAUCUAAUAAA